AUGGGCGAGCAACCCAAAAGAUUUGACUUGAGUCUGUUGAAUCCAGGAAAUGAUGAACUCGUCAAAACCUAUGAGCCUAAUCCGAUCCACACGUACCCAGUCAGCGAUACAGAAAUUCUCAAAGACAGAUACCAGGUCAUUUCAAAGAUAGGAUAUGGCCCUACUGCGACGCUUUGGCUCGGUAUAGAUAUGGGAAAGGCUGAGUGCGAACUUGUCGCGCUGAAGAUCUACGUGGUGCAGCACAGGCUCAAGGUACUCGAGAAGUCUCUUGCCCCCAAGAAAUACCCCAGGGCCCAGUACCCUUUUCGAAAAGUUCUUGACCAGUUUGAAUUCACCGGCCCCGAGGGCAAACACAUCUGCGUUGUCCAUCAACCCUCAGGUAUAGCUAUCGAUCAGGUCAAGUUCGGAGAAAAAUUGGAUCUUGAUACGAUGAGAUCGUCAAUACGACAACAGCUAGUCAUGCUGGAUUAUUUGCACACAGAUUGCCAUACAACCGCUCGUAUCUAUACCAAUACCCAGCCCAAGGAGAUCGAAAAUUCUAACGAAUUGAUAGUUGCGCAUCCAAUCGCAUUCAAAGAGGCAUAUCCAAUGCACGAGCACGAGGCCAAUGAGCUUACAGUGGCUCUCUUACCGGGAGAUGGAAUUCCACUUCUGGUACCGGACUGGUCAAAGGAUGAUCAACCAUCUUGCUGCGUGGCUAAACAUGCCAGAUCGCCCGAGGAAAUACUGAAGACACCACUGAACUUCAAAAGUGACACAUGGGCCAUCGCCAUAGAGGCCUGGGACCAAGUGAGUUCCCGAAACUUGAUAAGUGGAAGGAAUGAGGAGGGGGCGUUCGAUGACCGAGUCCAGAUAGCAGAGCUAGUAGCUCUCCUAGGUCCUCCAAGCCCCGAGUUCCGGAAGAAAAUGCCUCUGGGAUCAAUCUUUUGGGACGAAAAGGGCCAAUGGACUGGACAGGUGCCUAUACCAGAUCGUAGCUUGGAGAAGCUAGCAUCUGGAGAAAUUGACGGCGAGGAUCUGGAUGGGUUCUUGCAGUGGAUGCGCAAAGCGUUGCAGUGGGACCCUGAAGAUCGGCCCACGGCCUUGGGGUUAAUGCUCCAUGAAUGGAUGGCUGAGGGGUCAAGACUCUGA